AUGGACAAAAAACAGGCCUGUUCGAAUUCUGAAGCAUGUCUUCAAUUUAUCUACUCAAAAUUUGAUUCCUACAAACAAAUCCUCGACGACGAACAGCAUGCAUGUGAGAAACUGAUUGCUUCGAUUCGCGAGCACAUACGUCUGUAUGAUAAUGAUGAUGAAAAACUUCGUACAAUGACAGGAUUCAAUGCAAUUGAAUUAGCCAAUCAACUCGCUUAUUUCGAACAAGAAGCUUUCAAAACCUAUGAAGAAAAUAAAACAUGUUUGUUCAAGAUGUUUCAGAGGUUGCUCAGUUUCAAUCGUGAUUAUUCUUUCAACGAAGUUUUGCUCAAUGAACGUCAAAUAGCUGAUUUAUUUCAAUAUCGGCCAUCAGUGUUACCAAAUAUCAAACGAAUUUCGUUUCCGAAACAUUCCAAUUCAUCGUCGCAAAGCAAUUCGAUGAUGCAUCAUACCGAUCCAUCUCGUUUGAUCUUUCCGGAAGCACUGAAAGCACCUGUACAAUCAACGACCUUUAGCAAACGAGCUGAUAUCGAAGCAUUCCAACAGAAGCAAGGAUCUAUCCAAACGCGAAUUGAAAGCAAUGAAAUUGAUUUAACUCAACUCAUACGAGAUACCGUUCCGAUAACAUCAAAAUCUCAAUUUAACUUUGCUAAAGUCUCGCAACAUUUCCAACGACAACAAAAUCUCACCACAGCACCACGAAAGAAAAUCUCCAAGCCAACCGUUCCGUGCAACGAUGCAUUGCUCACUGCUGCCAACAAACGAUUUAUUCUUCUGUACAAUAUGAAUACAUCCAGACUACUCUACUUUUACGAUACACAAAAAGAUGAAACCAAAGAAUUUCCCUGGGAUGAAGAUAUUAUUCUUUCACUUGGUCAUGUUGAUGGUAGCUUAUUCUACAUCAUCACAGCAACAAAAAUCUUCCUCUUCGACAUCAUCAAAGAGAAUUUCGAUAGGCAAUACUUUCUUUACGAUACUCUUUACAAAGAUUUACUCCUACUCACUACUAAUCCUUCCUACCAAACAGCAAUAAAAUCUAACAAUCAGAUACAAUCGAUUGCUUUUGACGAUUUCUGUUACUAUCUGUAUACAACGAAAGAUUAUGAACAGUUAUUGAUAAAAUGUUCCAUAGAAACUUUUCAUCAUGAAGCCAGUAUAAAUUUAACAAGGCGCUAUCCCGAUAUUCAAUACUUUCUCGGCUUCACAGUCACAAGCAAAGGCUUAAUAACGUUUUUAAUUCAAGAUAACCAUGGUUUUCAUUUAUACUUCUGUGAUGAAUCUCAUAAUUAUGAUCUAAUUAAAAAACUGUCCGUCCGUGAUGCACUUGAACCAACGAAAAUUGUCACAACGUUUUUAUCGAAUAUUCAACUUCGUGGUUCAACAACAAAUAAAAGCAAAUCGGGCAAACAAGUCUGGUUUGUUUUAGAUCGACAAUCUAAUUGUGUACAUUGUCUAAUCCGUGAAAAUUACUUAACCAAAAUCAAUUCACCGACUGAAAACUUUAUUCAAUCAGUGACGAUAUUUGAUACUAAACUGAUUUUAGCUUAUAGUGAAUUAUCUGUGGAUAUAAUCGAUCUUGACAAUCAUUUUUCUUCGUGGUCGAUUUAUUAA